CAACUGUUUCUGUAAUAAUUUCUGUUUGAUAGAUACGACGACUUCAGUCGAAGUUGGUAUUGAUUCAGCGUAUAAAAGCAGAACCUAUAUCUGAACAUAAUAAUAAAGCAUUCGAUAAUUUUGUUAGAAGUGUUUGACUAACAGUGAUGUCAUAUUAUUUAAAGUUGUGAACCUUAAUAGAGUGGUCGCGGUGGAGCAGUGUGGGGAGUGACCCAUAGUACGGGUGGCCGAAGGGCGUGCGCGAAGUUUUCCCUGUAAUAAUGUGGCACUAGAAGCGUUGCAGUGCAGGCUUGAGGCUGCAGAGCGGCGCGAUGGCGGCCGACACAGCGGUGGCGGCCAGCCCCGAGGAGACACUCGAGUCGCUGCUGCGUGAAGCCGAAGCACUAAAGCAGAAAUUGGAGGAAGAGCGUCAAAAGCUCAAUGAUGUAUCUCUGUCAUGUGUAGCAGAACGGCUGGAAACCAUUGCUUUCCCCAACUUGAAGCUGCGGCGCAUGCUCAAGGGCCACCAGUCCAAGGUGCUCUGUUCCGACUGGUCUCCAGAUAAACGACACAUUGUGUCCUCAUCACAGGAUGGCAAGGUGAUGGUAUGGGACGCAUUCACGGCCACCAAGGAGCUGACCAUCGCCAUGCCGAGCACGUGGGUGAUGGCGUGUGCGUACGCGCCGUCCGGCAACCUGGUGGCGGCGGGCGGGCUGGACAACAAGGUCACGGUGUUCCCGCUGGCGGGCGGCGAGGACGAGCCGGCCGCGCGCAAGCGCACCGUGGCCACGCACACGUCCUACAUGUCGUGCUGCCUGUUCCCCAACACCGACCGCCAGAUCCUCACGGGCAGCGGCGACGGCACGUGCGCGCUGUGGGACGUCGAGUCGGGCCAACUGCUGCAGAGCUUCCAGGCGCACGCCGCCGACGUGAUGGCCCUGGACCUGGCGCCGUCCGACAUGGGCGACACGUUCGUGUCGGGCGGCUGCGACCGCGCCGUGCUGGUCUGGGACAUGCGCACGGGCCAGGCCGUGCAGGCCUUCGACACGCACGACUCCGACGUCAACAGCGUCAAGUACCACCCGUCGGGGGACUCGCUCGUCACCGGCUCCGACGACUCCUGCUGCCGCCUGUUCGACCUGCGCGCCGACCGCGAGGUGGCGCGGUACAGCAAGGAGAGCAUCAUCUUCGGCGUGAACUCGGUGGAGUGGUCGGUGAGCGGGCGCCUCGUGUUCGCGGGCUACAGCGACUACACGGCCUGCGCCUGGGACGCGCUGCGCGGCGCGCGCGUCUGCGUGCUCUGUGGACACGAGCACCGCGUCACGCGCGUGCAGCUGGCGCCCGACGGCACCGCGCUGUCCACCGCCUCCUGGGACGCCACCAUACGCAUCUGGGCGUAGGCGCCAGCACCGCGUCACGCGCGUGCAGCUGGCGCCCGACGGCACCGCGCUGUCCACCGCCUCCUGGGACGCCACCAUACGCAUCUGGGCGUAGGCGCCAGCACCGCGUCACGCGCGUGCAGCUGGCGCCCGACGGCACCGCGCUGUCCACCGCCUCCUGGGACGCCACCAUACGCAUCUGGGCGUAGGCGCCAGCACCGCGUCACGCGCGUACAGCUGGCGCCCGACGGCACCGCGCUGUCCACCGCCUCCUGGGACGCCACCAUACGCAUCUGGGCGUAGGUGCCAGCACCGCGUCACGCGCGUGCAGCUGGCGCCCGACGGCACCGCGCUGUCCACCGCCUCCUGGGACGCCACCAUACGCAUCUGGGCGUAGGCGCCAGCACCGCGUCACGCGCGUGCAGCUGGCGCCCGACGGCACCGCGCUGUCCACCGCCUCCUGGGACGCCACCAUACGCAUCUGGGCGUAGGCGCCAGCACCGCGUCACGCGCGUACAGCUGGCGCCCGACGGCACCGCGCUGUCCACCGCCUCCUGGGACGCCACCAUACGCAUCUGGGCGUAGGCGCCAGCACCGCGUCACGCGCGUGCAGCUGGCGCCCGACGGCACCGCGCUGUCCACCGCCUCCUGGGACGCCACCAUACGCAUCUGGGCGUAGGCGCCAGCACCGCGUCACGCGCGUGCAGCUGGCGCCCUCCGUCGCGCGCCUACUGCAGUACUGAGUACGCCGGAGCGGAUAUUAAGCUGCAUUUCUUUAAACUAUACUAGUAUGGUUCCAAAUACCUUGUGCGUAGAUUUAGUCGCGUAUACCUAUAGCGCUAGUCGAAGAUAGUAUGAUAAAUAAUUAUUUAUAAAGAUUUAUCUAAGUAAUGUAUGUAAAUAUUGGUUAUGAAGCACGUGGAGGGGUGAUGUUAAUUUUUGCGAAUAUUUAUUUUUAGACUUAGACAUCUCAAGUAUCAUAGUAAAGUAAGGGCGGCCCAGCUCCGUCCGUCCAACAGCUCAGUGUUAGUCUCCUACUUAUCAAUAAAUUUGAAUGUUA